AACAAUGAGAACACUUGGACACAGGAAGGGGAACAUCACAUACUGGGGCCUGUCAUGGGGUGGGGAGAGGGGAGAGGGAUAGGAUUAGGAUAUAUACCUAAUGUAAAUGACAAGUUAAUGGGUACAGCGGUGUUGGUGUAACAUGGGACAUGCAUACAUAUGCAAAAACUUGCACGUUGUGCUCAUGUACCCUAGAACUUAAAGUAUAACAACAACAAAAAUAUAUAUAUAUAUAUUUAAAAUGAAGCUGUUUAGGUUUUAAAAGGCUCCUCCAUGACAAUUACUUAUAUAGCUGAAGAAAUGGGAGACAAAAGGAGGGCUUCUCUGCCUCCCCAGGGUCUUGGUUUGCCUGGAGGAUGGAAGGAAAAUAUAAGAAGCACUUGCAGAUAGCAUACAGUCUGACUUUGAAUGAUCAGAUGUGAAUAUGUUUCUUGGGAUUUGAGGGAGGUUGGACAAGGGGUAGGUGUGGAAGUGCAGAGUGAGUUGGAGAAAGAAGUCUGGCAAAGAAGUUGUAAUGACUCAGGAAAGGGAAUAGGGUUGUCUCUUUCCCUGUGGGUAGAGGUAGAUAUUUUAGGAAAAAAGAGAGAGAGAGAAAAAGGAUAAAAUUUUGUUAUGAUCCCCCCAAAACUUGUUAUGUAAGAUAUAUAUCUACUGAUAGGACAUUUUGAAAAUUAGUAUCAGCUUUAUAUUUGGGCACAUGAUUUCACUGAGAUGGUUCUUUGGCAGAGCAGAUUAAAAUGAUGUUCCUGAAACGAAACUCGAGUCUCCAAAAUAAUUGGCUCAUUUUAAGCAAAAUAUUAUUGAUGAUCAACAGUGACUGGCACAUAAUAAUUGUUUAAAUAUUUGUUGGCUAAGUCAGGGAAUGAAUGAUAUGCUUUGGCAAUUACUGACAGUAUAUAAAGGUCUCAGGGAAGUAGAAGACAUCCACACCUCAGAAGCAUCUUCUUGAAACCCAUCUCAAUUCUCUCCUCUUGACAACAUGUGUUGCCACUACUACGGCAACUCCUGUGGCUAUGGCUCCAGCUAUGGCUGUGGCUAUGGCUCUGGUUAUGGCUGUGGCUAUGGCUCCAGCUAUGGCUGUGGCUAUGGAACUGGCUACAGCUGUGGCUAUGGCUCCAGGUAUGGCUGUGGCUAUGGAACUGGCUACAGCUGUGGCUAUGGCUCUGGCUCUGGCUGUGGCUAUGGAACUGGCUACAGCUGUGGCUAUGGCUCUGGCUCUGGCUGUGGUUAUGGAACUGGCUACGGAACUGGCUACGGCUGUGGGUAUGGCUGUGGUUAUGGAACUGGCUAUGGCUGUGGAUGUGGCUCUGGCUCUGGCUACUGUGGCUACCAGCCAUUUUGCUUUAGAAGAUGCUCUUCUUCCUGCUAAAACAUCACUGUCAGAGGACCAUUUGCUUCUAAAAUGACACGUCUAAAGAUAAUAUUGAUUCAAGGAUUCAUACUCCAAGAUUUCUAUAUCAGAAUUACAUGCUUGACAGAGUCUUGGACCUCUAGCCUCACAUUUCUUUGAAUGAAAUCAUGGCCAUAGGAUCCACGGUGUCAUCUGACUGUUUUCCAAAUGUUAUCUUUUGCUCCCUUAAUCUCUGAUUCUCUGUUAUGACUGUGUUAAUGAUCAUAACAUCUACAAUUGGGGAAAUCAAUCAUUUGUAAUAAAAAUGGUUCUUUAUUCCAAAAAAAAUGUUUUAGUACAAAAGAGUCAAAAAGCUAAAAUAAAAUAUAGUUUAUAAAGCAAAAAAUUAUCAGUAAGCUAAGUUUAAUGUAUUAUUGAAGAAAUAAAAUGUAUUUUAUACAUUUACCCUAAUGCCUAAUGUUUAAGACAUCUACUGUAGUGUACAGUAAUAUCCCAGGCCUUCACAUUCACUCACUAAUCACUCACUGAUCCACCCAGAACAAUUUUCAGCCCUGUAAGUGCCAUUCGUGCUAAGUGGUCUAUAUAGGUACUGUUUUAUUAUUAUUAU